GUAACACCGGAACUGAGGAGUUGACGCACUCUCUCCCAGCCUGCUGCUACCUCUCGGUCAUUCUCACUCCGCCACAAACGCUACUUCACCCUCGGUAGAGACAACGGUUGUAAACCAAAGCGGUCAGCAGGGGUCAUGAGGGUGUCGGAGGCCCCGGUCGCUGUUCAGAGCAGCUGAAGCAGACAUGGGCAAAGAAGUCUCAGAUGGCAUCCGUAGGCUCAGCCUCAUCGACUUCACCGGCAGCAUCCUCCUUCGCCACAACCACCACCGGCUACGCAACAAGUUCCCUAUAUUUGCCAGCAUCUCCCAGUAAGACUUUGCAAUGAGAAUGUCCGAUUCCGUCGACACUGAAACGAUGAAGGUUUCCGAAGCCGCCGACACAGUAUCGUCUCAGAAGGACAACGCCGCCAAGUCCGAGGUUUCCGAGCAGAGCCAGAGCAGCAGGGACGAACACGGCAGCAACAAUAAGAGGGACAUACAGCCUGUGAAGUACUCUAAGUCCAACACCAAGCUAAAGCUCGUGCGGAGCCUGGCAGUGUGUGAAGAAUCCUUUCCUUGCCCUAUUCCUGAGCCUUCAGCAGCACCUCAGGAUGGAUUCCUUCUGCAGCCCUUUGAAAAGGAAGAACGAGCCACACAGGACCAGGCUGAGAAAGAGGACAGCAGCGACAAGGUGGACAAACCUGAGAAAACGCAGAGAAAAAUGCUUUCUAGAGAUUCCAGUCAAGACUACACAGAUUCAACUGGCAUAGAUCUCCAUGAGUUCCUGGUCAACACACUGAAGGGCAACCCCAGGGAUCGAAUCAUGCUGCUGAAGUUGGAACAGGACAUCUUGGACUUCAUCAGCAAUAACGAAAGCCAAAAGAGAAAGUUCCCGCCCAUGACGUCCUACCACAGGAUGCUGUUACACCGAGUGGCAGCCUACUUUGGCAUGGACCACAAUGUGGACCCCAGCGGAAAGUCAGUGGUGAUCAACAAAACCACCAACACUAGAAUACCCGAUCAGAAAUUCUCAGAGCACAUCAAGGAUGACAGGGCGGACGAUUUUCAGAAACGCUACAUUCUCAAACGAGACAACUCCAGCUUUGAUCGUGAAGACAGCACGAUCCGAAUGCGUUUGAAAGCUGACAGGAGGAGCAAAUCGAUGGAGGAGAGGGAGGAGGAGUACCAGCGAGCCAGAGAAAGGAUAUUUGCACAUGAUGGAGAACACUUCAUACUGGAUAGGAGUGCUCAGGAUGAAGACGCAUGCAUGAGCACCCAACAGAGGCGGCAAAUGUUCAGGUUGAGGGCCGGCAGGUCAGGCGCCAGCCGGCAGAGCAGCUCCGAGACGGAGCCGCGGCACGGCGAGCCUCGACCGUGGAGCAGCACUGACAGCUCGGACAGCUCCAACCGGCUCGCCCCGAGGCCCGCCAUCACCAAGGCCAGCAGCUUCAGCGGCAUCUCCCCCGGCCUCGUCCGAGGGGACAGCACAGCCAGCAGCAAGAGCACAGGGAGGCUUUCCAAAACAGGUUCCGAAUCGUGCAGUAGCGUCGGUUCUUCGUCCAGCUCGCUAUCCCGUCCCCAGCUGCCUCUCCCGGUUUCAGCCUCUUCCCGCUCCAACAUCCCCAACGCACCCUUAAUCCACCCGGCUGCCGAAACAAGAGGCUCGGGACACCCGGAGAUGAUCAAGAACAUCCCCUCACAGCCACCGCCAGCUACAGACGCAACAAACUAUUACGUGCUGUCGCUGGAAGCCUCAGGGAUACCACCUGGCAGCGUUCUGGUCAACCCACACACAGGCAAGCCUUUCAUCCAUCCCGAUGGCAGCGCUGUAGUUUAUAACCCGGCCAGCAUCGCCCCCACUGCUGGCAGGAGUCCACAUCAGGGGAAAACCGCACAGCAGCCAAUCCCUGCCGCAGGCCAGCAGCAGCCAACCAAUCAUCUCCACUCCCAGCCGAUCUGUCCUCCUCUCCAGCCGUCCUCUGAGCCUGUCCACCACCCAACGGUCUCUUAUCCUCUUCCUCCUCCUCUUCCUCCUUCUCAGUUCCUGCCCGUCUGUCCUAACCAACAGUACACUGUGCCUGACACCCUGAACACCCAGUUCAGUCACAUGACUCUGGCGCAGCAGCCACCCAACGACGGUGGCGCCUCAGCUCCGGACGCCCGCCACUACCCCACCGUAUACCACCACCACCACCACCCCUCCCCCGUGCUACUGCAGGGAGCGCCUCCGCAGCAGCUCGCCGGCUACAUGGUGGCAGGGCCAUCAGGAGGACACCCGGGGGUGCUGCCAGGUCAGCACGUCCCGCUCCCGACCCCGGGCCCAAACCACGCGUAUCCCAGCAGCACCCCGGGCCCCGCCGCUUUCCCGGGGUCCACGCUGAACCAGCAGCUACUCCAGCAACACACCUACAUCCAACAGCCUGUCCAGCAGAUGUCUACGUGUUACUGCUCUUCAGCCCAUCACCCCCCCUGCUCCAGCCAGCAGCAGCAGCAGCAGCAGCAGCAACAGCAACAGCAGCAGCAGCAGCACUACCGGUCCCCAGUCAACGCGCUGCCCUAUAACUGCCCUCAGAGCCAAAAUCUGCCCCAGCAACAAGUGCACCAAGCCGUGAUGCCAAACCCAGCGUCCAGCUACCAGACCGUAGUGGGCGUGCAGCCAACACCCAACCUCGCUCUCACUGGCAACCAGCAAAGCAAUAUGGGCAACCAGAUGCAAGGCAUGAUGGUCCAGUACCCUCCAAUGCAGUCUUAUCAGCAGGUUUCUGUGCCACAGCAGACGUACCAGCAGCCAGUGUUUGUGUCCUGCCAGCCAGGACAGGGGGCAGUGGCUGUCGCUGGCAUGCAGCCCUGCUACAGCCUUCUCCCCCCAAACCAGCACACCACCAUGAGUUCUACCGUGAGUUUCCUGCCCGCCCAGAUGAUGGAGCAGCUCCAGUUUUCUCAGACGUCGUCCCCCUGCGUCUCCCAGCAGCACCCAGGCCAGCAGUAUGCAGGGUUGUUACCCCCAGCCCCCGGCAGCGGCAUGGUGAUGCUGCAAAUGACAGCGCCCCCCUGCCAGCAGCCCCGGGCCCCCUCCCCCUGCCAGCGGAAACAGCCCAGCCACAAACACCCGGGCCCCGAGCACCAGCGCAGCCGCAGGCCUGCCGAGCUUCCUCCGCCUCCAGACAACACCCAGAGCAGCCUGCCCUCGUCUCCGGCGCUCACUCCUUCGCCAGGCCAGCCGCCCAGCGUCAAGGGCCUCCCUUCAGGCAUCUCGCCCAUCCCUGUCAUGGCCCACCACCCGCAGCUCCCUACAGCCUUCUGCCACAGUGGACAAGGUGAAGCACACUACUCUCUACUGGGCCAACCUCUGCAGUACAAACCCUCCAUCAGACCUCCGCUGAUCCACACUGCACACAUGGUGGCCAAACACCAGGGUCCACUGGGGGUUUGGCGUAGCGGUCAUGGGAGGAAGGCCAACAGAAAAUCUCUGUCUUCAGAUCUCAGUGUAGGUGAAGCAGUGAGCAGUCAGAUCCUGGAAGUGACAGAUCCUCCGGAGGGGAUCAGCUGUACAGACUCUCAACACCUCCUGGCAGAGCUCUGCAAAGGGGGCGAAUUGAUCCAGCGGCUGUCGGACCAUCAGCCCUGGUUGCGCAACACAGCCAGAGACGCUCCCAGCGGAGACCCACCCUCAUCAUACUCUAUCUUUGCCAUGCUCCCCUCCAGAUACGCUGCCCAGAACACCAUGCUCCACCACAGUGGCCCCCGCCCCACCUUUAAACUCCGAACUAGUACCAGACACAAAGGGGAGCUGCGUGACUCAGAAAAGGCCAGCUCAUAGCUGCUAAGUUCUUGGUGCGUCUUAAGGAGCGCCACAUGAAUGCACAUCCAACCACCUGCCUCUGCUGCCUCAGUCUGGACUGUCUCGGUUCAAGUCCCAGACUCUGUCCAAACCGAAAACAGUAUCAAAUGUUUGAAGAAUGAAUGUUCACUUGUAUUUUGUUUUAGUUCAUUUUUAUCUUUUUUUUUUUCUGGCCAACAGGUCUGUGCAGGGUGGAAAACUGAACACCACCAGCCAGUUUGGUUUUCUUUGUAAAAAAAAAAUGCGUCCGUGGCUGCUGAGCGCAACUGGAGGCCCCCCCUUUUUUUUCUAAAAGUCUAGUUUGCUGUUCAAAAAUGAAAGUGUUUGGAGAGCUUUGGGAUUUAUCCGCCAGCUAAGAUGUUAGCGUCUCCACUGUGGCUCUUUUUUAAUAGCAGGUGAACGAGUGUGACAGCAGCAUAUCGAGCAGAACUUACACAUAAUCUACUUGUUUCUGGUUCAAGAAUGUUUUUUUGUGCCCACUUUUAAAAUUAGACAUUUGAAAAUCGGGGCUCUAUAAAAUAUUAUUGCAUUUAAAUCGAGUGUGUUUUAUUUUUACUUUCAUCAAUAAUUCCUUUCAGCUGUGUCCAAGCUUGGUCCCAGGCACCGAGUCGACGAAGCGGACGUAACACUGAGCAGCAACACAUUUCUGUCAUGUUUAGGCACACGAGAACGGGUUUCCUCUUGUAUAGCAUUCUUCAAACAAGCUCCAACCAAUCACACACACAGCAGCAUUUGUACAACGUGAGCCCAUACAAUAAUAAACACUGAAUAAUAGAUAUACAACCUGAAUUAUUUAAAGUCACUUUUAUACACAGUGAAUGUUGCAUUUGCACUGAACUGAUGAACGAGAUGGAGAUUUUGAUUGGUAUUGGACAGGGCCUGGAUUUUCUUUUAUUAACCCCUCCCGUACCUGUUUGUUGCACUCGGCCAGGCCACUUUCUUUUAUAUUUAAUUAAAAUGUUUAUAUGCACAAGAAAAAUGCAAUCGAGUUUGUCACUCUACUUGGCUUCGUUUUUUUUGGAUUUCAGUUUGUGUGAAUCAUGAGAGGUGUUUUGUCUGGUGUGACUUUCCUUUCUUUUUUUUUUUUUUUUUUUUUUUUUUCUUCUUUUUGUUGUUGUUUGUUUUGUUUGUUUGACUCUAAUAAAUGUUUGCACCACA